AUGCUUGCCACCAUUGUGUCCAGCCAGCAGCGCCGUGGGCGGCCCCACAGCAGCGACCUGGGCGGUGCGCUGCCCGCGCUGGUGUUUGCGCCCGGCGUGGCCAACCCGCUGCUGCUGGCAGCAAAUACCAGCGAGGCCGCGGCCUUGGGCGGCGCCAAGGCGGCCAGGGCGGGCGCUCUGGCGGCAAGCGGCGCCUAUGCGGCGCUGGAGGCGGCGCUGGGCGGCACCGACGUGUUUUCCUACCCCGUGCACCUCUGGUGCUUCAGCCAGGCUGUCGCGGGGCUUGGCGGCGCAGGCGAUCCCCACAAGCAGCACUGCUUCCUGGUGGUGGUGCAACCCGCACUGCUGGUGGACCGCAGCGCGACGGCGGCCGCCGGCCGCGCGCUGCCGCCGCUAAUGUUCCUGUUUGACCCCUUUGAGGGGGCCGACCCCCGGCUGCAGCGCCUGGGGCUGCCGCUGCCGCACGGCGUUGGGGCGCUGGCCUGCCGCAGCAGCGCAGGCGUCAAGGAGCAGGGCGCCAUCAACGCAGUGCAGCAGGACCCGUCCGGCAGCGAGGGCGUACUGCGCGCGGCGCCCGCGUCCGCGGCGCCCCCCGCGCCCCUGCCGCGGCCCCCGACCGAGGCUGCGCUGCUGGCGGCGGCGGCGCGCGGCAGCAUGAAGCUGCGGGCCGUGGUCGACCGCGGGCUGGGCCACCUCCCGGACCCGCGGGCGGUGUCGCCGGGCGGCAGCCUCGACGCGCUGGCGGCGCUGCUCUCGCUGCUGGGCCACCUGUCUGAGGACUUCCUGCGGCAGCCGAUAGCCAUGGCCAAGGAGGCGUGCACAGGGGCGGCCUACCCCUUCUGCCAGCGCCUCCUGGGGCUCGCCCUGGCCCAGGAUGGAGGGGACCCCCCGGCGCCGCGUGCCCCCCGCAGGCCUCUGGGCCAGCAGAGGAAGGCAGCAGAGGACGGUGUGGGCGCAGGCACGCCGCGAGGGCCAGGGGGGGCGGAGAAAGAGCAGGAGGACGGCCGGGAGCUGGCGGCAGGCAGCAGCGGCGAGGGCGCGGACGAUAAAAACCAGCAGGGGCGGGCCGGGCGGCGGCAGCAGCAGGCGGCGCAGGAGCAGCAGCAGCAGAAGCAGCAGGCGCAGCUGGCGGGGCAGCGGCGGCGGGCGUCAGCCACCGUCGCAUCGGAGCCGCCACAGAAGCGCUCGAGAAGCGCCGCGCAGCCCGAUGCUGAGGCGCAGCUGCUGGCUAACAGCCCAAGCGCCGACGGCAGCGGUCGUGCUGAGAGCAGCCGAGGCGGCAGUGGUGGUGCGCAGGGCGGCGGCUCUGUCGACACGGGGGGCGGGGGCGGUGUCGGGGCCAGGGGCGGCAGCGGGGGCGGGCCGUCCAAGGGCGCCGUGGUUGCUAGCGCCAAGGGCGCUCAGGUCAAGGGCAAGGGCAAGGGCCAGGGCCUGUCCUGCGGCAGCUGCCGGGGCUGCCGGUGGAAGAAGCCGUGCGAGAAGCUGCAG